AUGUCUUCCCAUCAUAAUGGUGACUUCUCUGAUAUUGCAAGCUCGAAAUACCUAACAACAAAGUUUCUUGUGGAUACAAAGGGUGUUAAAAUUAGGUUUGGCCCAUCAGGUUAUUUGAAAGUGAAAGGUCAGGAUGAAAACUCUGCUAUUACUGCUGUAAAAAAGCAGUUGGGAAGUCAUUACCGAGAAGAUGGUCCGCCACUUGCUAUUGAAUUUGAUCCACUUCCCCCAGGUGCAUUUGAAUCUUCAGAGCAGGAACAAAAUAAUGUGUGGUGUCUUGUUCAAUUCAAAUUUGGUUAUUCAAGAAGAGGUCAGAGGGCACAUGAUUUUUGCACGUCUAAUGCUUCAGAUUAA